AUGGCCGAAACAAACGGUACAAGCGCCACUGAUGAAGAAACGCCCCUACCGCUGCCGGAGGUCAAGCUUACAGAGCUAUCGACCGGCCUGGCCUUGCUAGAACCACUCUCGCGAAAGGGUACCGGGCCUGGACUUAUAGUGGUACCGCAUCCUUCCGCCUCGAAGGAGCGGAGAACGGACAUCGACAACGGAGUGCCGGCACCGCUGAUCAAAUGGGCCGAGGAAGGCUACGCUGUGGUUGAAGUGAGGGAGGAAGCAUUUGAUGCGGCCGAGAGUCCGCUGCUGGCCGCGCUGGACGCUCUCAAACAAUGUCAGAAGUGUGACCAGGCAGAUGCCGUUGGCAUCGUUGUAUAUGACACCUUACUCUGGGAUCGUGUGGCGCCUCUGCUCAAGGCGGUCCCUGCUGUCGUCGGAGCAGUCAUCUACACCGACGCGAAAUCAGUCGACAAGCUUACCGAAUCCCCUGUCCCGAGCGUACGACACAUCGCCGGCAGGCCAGAUGGCAAGCUGCCACGCUCCUCCCAACUCACAGCCUACGCUUACGAUACUGCGCCUUCGCUGCUGUUCGCCACACCCUUCUCACUGCACUUCAACUACUCGCAGGAAGCCGUCUCGCACACGCGCAAUCUCAGCUUCCUCAAGCCGCUCAUGAAAGGCCCAUACUUCGACCUGGAAGCCAUUUGGGACGAGCACACGUACUUUGAGUUCGCCGACCGCAGCCCCGCGCGCACCAUGGCGACCAUGGUGCAAGAGCCCUACGUCAACCACAUCCCAACACUGACAGGCGGCAUCGGACGCGACCGCCUCACGAAGUUCUACCAGCACCACUUCAUCUUCAAGAACCCGGACAGCAUCGAGCUCGAGCUCAUCUCACGCACCGUAGGCAUCGACCGCGUCAUCGACGAGUUCAUCGCCAAGAUGACGCACGACACCACCAUCGACUGGCUGCUGCCCGGCAUCCCCGCGACAGGCAAGAAGCUCGAGGUCCCCGCGACCAGCGUGGUCAACAUCCGCGGCGACCGCCUGUAUCACGAGCACAUCGCGUGGGACCAGGCGACGGUGCUGAUGCAGCUGGGCCUGCUGCCGGAGUACCUACCGUACGAGAUCCCGCUGCCGGACGGGCGCAAGCCAGCCCAGGGCAAGAAAUUCGUGUACCGCUUGCCCGUGGCGGGCAGCGAGGCGGUGCAGAAGAUGCGGGACAAGAAUUCGGUGGAGAGUAACCUGAUGUUCGAGUACGGCAUCAAAGAGGUUGACGCUUGA